CCGGACCACAGUUUGGGAACCCCCUCGUGCCCCAGAACAGAGCUCGCGCUUGGUUUGAUUUUGACAUCACUCCUGCUUUGCAUAAUCACCAGUCUCGCGUUUUUGAUUGGACCGCACUCGGGAUUAUAAUCUGCAUUUUUUUCUUUUAUGACCACCAUGCUUCGCCUUCUUUCAAUCUGCUGCUGGACGCCUCCGUCACUCCCCCCCUCCCCGCCCGGGCCCAUCCUUCAUGAAGGGAAGUAGCCCGCUGCCGCCGCCUGCCGCUGCUGCUCAAACGUGGAGGAAAGGACACGGAGAGGGACGCUAGCAGCUCCAUUGUUUGUUAGUCUGGUGCAAUUUACGGCUCAGUCGACAUAUUUAGUGCAUAUAAACGCAGUGCUGAGCCAGGGAGGGAGGGACUGUUUGUUUCUCCAGGCGUCCACAGGAACAGAAGAGAUUAAAAGGACACCAAAGUAGGAGAGGAACUGGCUUUUCAAGACGAGUGCGAGUCCCCAGCCCUUCUCAGUAACAGCAGCAAGUUGGUGUCCACACCCUAGGAGGAGGUGAUGAAACCGGAUGGGGUUAAUAUGGAAACCACGGAGCCCACUGAAGCUGACACAGUAGCAGAGCACUCCCCAUUGCUAGAUAACAUACCGGAGCAAGCCCCAUCGCAAGACCCAUCGCAACCAGGGGAAGUUGCAAAUGAUGCAGCACCUGGACCUGCUCCGAAGGCUAACGGCAAGCCGUUGGCUGCAGACACCAAAGCAAAACCAAUAGCUGCUGCAGCUAAAAUGCAGCCCACAGCCAAAUCAGCAGGGGCAUCACGACAAGUAGCCCAGCGCACUAUAAAUGAUGUAAAAUCUUCUAAUAGUGUUUCUGCAGCUGCCGCCAAGAAAACAAUGACAACAACAACAACAACAGCAAAAGCCUCAGCAGCAGGGGCUGUAUCGAAAAGACCAGUGGGUGCUGCAGCUGUUUCCUCUACAGUCAAGAACCAAACUAGAGUGCCGGACAGGAAGCCUGUUGGAGCGUCCAGGACUACCGCUGCUGCCGCUGCUCUUGUAACAAAUGGUACCAAACCAACUACAGCAAAUGGCGCACUCAAGAGGAGACCAGUGGCUGAGACUGUUAGACCUAAAACCACAGCUACUUCAAGCAGACCAGUGGCGUCCACUGUCCCAAAACCUUGCACUUCAACCACAACAAAGCCUGCUGCUGCUGCUGGUGCUGGGGCCAUUUCAAAGACCACCAGGCCUGCUACAGCCCCCCUAGCAUCUCGAUCUGCUACAACAACAUCCAGGCCCACCACAUCUACAACCUACAAACCCCCCACCACCACAGCUGCCAAAACAGCUGCUUCCAGAGUUACCACGGCACCCCCUACUGGCAGGUCCACUGCAGCACAGAUGUCUAAGACUGCUGCAGUUAAGAAAGAUGUCAGUCGACCCCCUUCUGCUGCAGUUGCCAAGAAACCGUCCACAACUACAACAUCCUCUGCUUCCAAAAAAACAGAGCCUACCAAACCCACAGCUGUCGUAAAGCAGAACUCUGCCUCCAAACUGUCCACAACUGCAAAGGUGGCAGACCCCAAGGUGUCCCAGACCAAAAUCCAACAGCCUACAAAAUCUGCUCCCACAAAAAAAACAGUGGCUGCUGUUCGGUUACCUGCAACUAACAAAGCACCCAUUGGCCGAACCCCACCUGCCUCCCCAGCUAACAAACCGGCAAACAGCAACACGACUCUGUCCAAACGCAGCACCAAACCAACUCAGGCUGUCUCGCCUUUCACUGCUGUCAAGAAAACUAAAACCACUACACCUGUUGUUGAAACACAGGGUGCUGCUGUUGCAGCGGCAGUAGCAUCAGCAGUGGUAGCAGCUGCCACGGCAGCAACUGUGUUAGCAGAACCUCAAACUGAAGAUGCAGCAUCUCUUCCACAAGGAUCAUCUCUUGCUGCCUCUGAGCCAGAGGAGGUUCCUCCACCAGUCUUGGCACAGGAUGCCACACCAGAGGUACCUCAAGAGCUUGUUCAAAGCCAUGUAGCUUCUAUUCCUCAGAGCCUUGUCACGACACAAACCUCUCCUCCCCAGGAGCAGCCAGAAAGCAGUGCUCCUUUGCUCACAACACAGGAGCAGAUCUCUGCCCCAGUUGAGCCCGCUGUACCACAAGUGGCCUCCUCUUCAGACUCCACAAAGGAGCCUGUUUACCUAUUUACAGACCAGACCCCUUCCAUAUCUAAAGCCCUUCCAGCAACAGCAUGUCCCAUCACACAGAUAGUAUCUCAAACCAAUAUGAAUGAUGAGGAAGAUGAAGAGGAGAGGGAGGGUAGCCAGCUGGUGUCUGUGUCUGAAAUGAGUGGAACCACUCAACCCACAGAGGAGUCCCGUCCUGGGUCAGCAGGACUAGUAGGGGGGUCUGCCUGGAGAGCCAGCGGUGCUUUGCUCUCUGAGCUGGACUCUGAGGAGGUGAGCGGCAGCCAGCAGGGUGCGUCUGAACUGAGUGCCCCUGGUGUCCUGGAGGGCACAGAGAGCAUGGACGAUCUUGGAGAUGGCAGCCUGAAAGGAGCCAUCGACAUGGAAGGGGCUUCAGCAGGCUCACCUGACUUUGAAAAAGUUCCUGACAUUCCUGUGAACGACUUUGACGAGGAAGAGGAAGAAGAUGAAGAUGACGAUAGGGUGUGUGACAUGGAUGUGGGCUCGGAGCGGGCUGAUGAACCACAGAGACCAAGGCAUGACAAUGAUGUAGAGGAGGAUGAUGAUGAUGAAGAUGUAGAGAUGGCUAGUGAGGGGGUGACAGAGAGUGGGCUGGAGAGCUAUGCAGACGAGGAUGACUUUGCCGAAGAUGAACGGCUUGAUAACUUAAACAGAGUGGCUCCCCCUCCCCCUCCUUUGCUUCCAUCCGCCCCUGCUGCUCAGUGGGACCAAGAAAACCCCUUCUGUGAUCCUUGGGCUGAACCUCUGAACCCUCUUGAAAACAUUCCCCAGCCUCUUCAGGCAGCAGGAGCGGCUGCAGCAAGCCCUCUGGCAGAUCCCUGGCAGGCAGAUUCCGAAACUCCAACUCAGACCCUGGCCCAGCCCUGGCUAGAACUCGGCUCAAGUCCAUUUGUUCCUGAAAACCAAGAGGUUCCUAAUCAGUCCUCUGUUCAAGAUCAGCCACAAAAUGUAGACCCUGUCAUGUACCUGGCUCAGUCCCACCCAGCACUUAUGCAGACCCUGGCCCCUGCUCCCCUCUCUGCCCCCGGGAUGUCUCUGUCAAGCACCCUGAGCAGCGAGACAAGCACACCUGAGGAACUGGGUGACCUGGUGAAGCUCCAGCCCCAAGAUACACAAUCUGCAGGGCUUUCUCCUCAGCAGGAUCAGGACCUCGGCAUCCACCUGGAGAAAGAAGACCAGGAAGGGGAAGAGGAGGAGGCUGAGCCAGAGACCCUGCCUGCUGAUGAAGUCCUGGAGGGCCCUGCUACUGCCCCAACCUCCAACCCGUCUUCAUCUUCAGUUACAGAGGAUGAAGCAAGCGACACAGAAGGAGAAGCUCAGUUGGAUGAUUCCAUUGUGAGUCAGUCAGUCAGCAGCAUAGCCCUUGACAGCCAGUCUACAGCCCGACGCUGUCUGUCCACUGUGGAAGAGGGGGAGGAGGCUGAGGUGAGUGUUGGCGCUGGUGAAGACACCACCCCACCUUCAGCUACAUCUCUGGCAUCUUACGGCUUCGACACAAUGACCACAGCUUCAAGCUCCAAUGCCCAGUCCACUGGGGAGAGCUGCAUCAAGAGCCCUGGCAUCUUCUCCCUGGAGGAGCUGCCUGAGGAGGCCAAAGAGCCUUUUGUGAUCCCACCACCUCACACGCAGCCAUCCCUGACCACGGAGCAGCAGUACAUCGAAUGCGGAAAGCUGGAAGCAGAGUCUGCUGAGCAAGUCAGGGAGGAAGAGGCGGCCCCAGAUCCUUCAUCAACUCCCAUUACUCAGCAGCAACCAGAAGAAAACCAAGAUGACGUCCAGCCUCCUUACUAUUCAGCUAUUUGUGAAAAGACUGAGAACUCUUACCCAGGUAAUGUAUAGUUUAUCAUCUCCCUAGCAGCCCAAGUAAUGUCCCCUAUUUCCAUCUGGCCUUGUUCCAAUGUUACCAAAAUAUCUUCCUGGCAUAGUUCUUGUGUCAGUGUUUGUUCUGAAUCUCUGGGGGUGGAAAAAAUAAAGAAAAAUAAAUAAAUACAGAGAGCAAAAAAGGGAAGAAAUCAAAAGAGGACAGCAGUGGCACUUCCCUCUGGUAUAACAAUUCCAUGAUGAGUAUGUGGCUUAAAUUCCUGUAUGUGCAAUAGCUGCUAGUAUUUACUCUUACUGUGUGAGUGUGCCUGGGUUUGGUUUUUGUCAACUAUGGGGUUGACCUGGACUGGCAUUGAUCUGACUUGUCUGUUUACAGCUCUUAAAAAGGGAUAACUAUCAUGCAUAACUAAAGAAAUACAGAAUCAAGUGUCUAACAUGUUUUCAUGUGUAUUUAUCAUACUUUUUACUGAACUUAAGUGUUUACUGAAAAAGAGUUUCCAUUGUAUAUUCCUGUUUGAUUUUGCUUUAUGACGCAGGCAAUCUUCCUUAACCCCAAUCACUCCUCAUCUCUUCUUGCACUUUAAAUUGUAACCUUUUCUUGUGUUUAUCCAUCUUUUGGAAAAAUGAAACUUAAAACUUUAAAUAAAGAUUAGAUUUUUACCACGA